AUGAGGCGAGAAGCGGAGAAGGCAAUGGCAACGGCGCAGAACAAGAGACCGCGGAUCAGCAGCGACGUGGAGAAGAGACCGAGUAGGAAGGAGAUAUUGGGGAGAAAGAAGGCGGUCGAGGAAUGUAUAAAGAAAGCUGUAGCUGUGAAGGAUCAUCUAGAGCACUUUCCAGCAUUUCAUAAAUAUCAGAAAAAUGGUCUUUCAGUCUACUUGGAGUCCGGACGUGGGGAUCAGCUUACAUUACCAAUGAGGAAGUACAUCCAAAAUAUUCUAAAGGUUAACAUGGAGAAACCAUAUGGACCAGAGUGGCCGUCAGAAGAGAAAAUUAAGCUCCGGGAAAUGGUGGCCCCAGAAGCGCGAUAUAUCUUAGCUAAGCAAUAUUCAAAUGGGUUUAUUGAUGAAAGUUCCAUGAAGCAAGAUGCGGAGGCGGAACAUAUGUAUGCAGCAUGUACUGAAAGCUGCUUGCUUGGUUUUGUACACUAUAGAUUUGUUGUGGAAGAGGAGCUGCCUGUUGUUUAUGUGUAUGAGCUGCAAAUGGAGCCUUCUGCCCAGGGCAAGGGGCUGGGAAAGUUUAUGAUCCAGUUGGUUGAACAGGUAGCAUGCAAGAACCAAAUGGGAGCUGUGAUGCUAACAGUUCAGAAAGCUAACACACUAGCUAUGGAUUUCUAUACUAAGUUGAGAUAUGUAAUAUCGAGUACCUCACCAUCGCGAGUGGAUCCUCAGACAGGACUUGAAAAAAGCUAUGAGAUUUUGUGCAAGACAUUUGACUCUGAAGCUAAGUCCAAACUAGAGGUUUGUGGCUGUAUACUUAUUGGUGUGGCAUAA